AUGGUCAAAGAAAGCGUCGCGUCCGCCACCACUGCUGAGCGCCUGCGUGACGACUUGCCCGCCGGCCACGAGGUGCAUGAGUCUCUAGCCAACGCUCGGGAUGAGGCGCAGAAAGAGGCCGAGGCUUGGGAUGCCAAGUUAUCUGCCGACCUGGAGGCAGAGUGGGAGAAAAUAAAGGCGACCGUAGAGAAAACGUGCCAAGAGCGCUAUGAGGCGGAGUGCCUCAAUCGGGAUCUGGCUGAGUACCACAAGUUCGAGGUGGGAAAGAACCUUCAGGCUGACAUCGUGAUUGACACAGUGAUGAGUCAUUGA